AUGGGCUCCAUCAGUGCAGCAAAUGCAGAAUUUUGUUUUGAUGUAUUUAAAGAGGUGAAAUUUCACCGCAGCAAUGACAAUGUGCUCUUUUCCUCCCUGAGCAUGCUUUCAACCCUGGCCCUGGUGUAUAUGGGAGCAAGGGGUAAGACUCAAUCCCAGAUGGAGAAGGUUCUUCACUUUGAUAAUGUUACAGGAGAUGGAGACAUUACUGACUCCCAGUGUGGCACUGCUGAGUACAUCCACAAAUCAUUCAAGGACCUUCUCUCAGACAUCAGGAGGCAAAAUGCUACUUACUCACUCAGGAUUGCUGACAGGCUCUAUAUUGACAAAACAUACCCUAUUCUUCAGGAAUACAUAAAGUGUGCAAAGAAAUUCUACAAAGCAGAACUGGAAGAAGUUGACUUCAAAACAGCUGCAGAGGAAGCAAGACAGCUCAUUAAUUCCUGGGUGGAAAAAGAGACAAAUGGACGGAUCCAAGACUUCCUUGUGUCAGACUCUGUUGGUCUGGAUACUGCACUGGUCUUUGUGAAUGCCAUUUACUUCAAAGGGAUAUGGAAAACUGCAUUUAAAGAAGAACACACUCGGGAAGAGCCUUUCAAUGUGACAGAGCAAGAGAGCAGACCCGUGCAAAUGAUGUGUCAGAACGGCACCUUCAAAGUGGCAAGAGUGGCUGAAGAGAAAAUUAAGAUCCUGGAGCUUCCAUAUGCCAGUGGAGAGCUGAGCCUGUUGGUGCUGCUGCCUGAUGACAUCUCUGGCCUGGAGCAGCUUGAGAACAAAAUCAGUUACGAAAGACUCAGGGAGUGGACCAGUUCCAAGGUGAUGGAAAAGAAGAGAGUGAAAGUGUACCUCCCACGCAUGAAGAUUGAAGAGAAAUAUAACCUCACAUCUGUCUUAACAUCCUUGGGUAUGACCGACCUGUUCAGCCCCUCGGCCAAUCUCUCUGGCAUCUCUUCAGCAGAGAGCCUGAGGAUAUCUGAGGCCAUCCAUGAGGCGUACAUGGAAGUCACUGAAGAGGGCACUGAGGCAGGUGGCUCAGAGGUUGUGACUGGAGACAUCCAACAUUCCUCUGAGUUUGAAGAGUUUAGGGCUGACCACCCAUUCCUUUUCUUGAUCAAACACAAUCCUAGCGACAUGAUCCUUUUCUUUGGUAGAUAUUGUUCUCCGUAA